UGCAAUAGUUUUAAGUUCUGCUUCAGUGUGGGGUAUCCUGCGAGGUCUUGAAACAUUUUCUCAAGUUGCUACAAGGGUGAAGACUGCAGAUGCCCUGGUAGCAGAUAAUCUACUGAUAGUUGAUGCACCUCGUUUUAGCCACAGAGGUCUGCUUCUCGACACAGCCCGCCAUUUCAUUCCAAUGAGCUACAUAAAGAAGACUUUGGAUGCAAUGGCCUACAAUAAGAUGAAUGUCUUUCAUUGGCAUAUUGUUGAUGAUUCAAGUUUUCCAUACCAGAGUGCUGCUUUUCCUCUUCUAAGUGAAAAGGGUUCUUAUGACAAAAGGAAAUAUGUAUAUAGUCCUGGUGACGUUGCUGAAGUAAUUGAGUAUGCUCAUCAAAGAGGAAUAAGAGUUGUUCCAGAAUUUGAUUCUCCUGGGCACACAACAUCCUGGGGAAAAAGUUAUCCUGACCUGCUGACAACAUGUUACAAUAAUGAAACUGGGUCUCCAGAUGGAACAUAUGGACCAAUUGACCCCACAAAGAACUUCACAUAUGAAUUUCUUCAGACAUUGUUUCAAGAAAUUGUGGAUGUAUUCCCUGACGAGUAUUUCCAUAUUGGUGGUGAUGAAGUAGGAUUUGACUGUUGGGAAAGCAACCAAGAUGUUUUAGACUUUAUGGAUCAGCAUAAUAUUACAGAAAGCAAAUAUCUUGAAAGUUAUUAUAUACAAAGGAUUCUUGGCAUUGCAUCAGAUCUCAAUGCUAAGUCCAUAGUGUGGCAGGAGGUCUUUGACAAUGGAGUUGAACUUAGUGCUGACACUAUUGUCCAAAUUUGGAAAUUUGGCCGAAGAAAAGAACUGAAUGCUGUAACUGCUGCUGGUCACUACACAUUGCUGUCGCAGUGCUACUAUCUGGACCGCUUCAGAUAUUUUGGAGGAGACUGGCAUAAAUUUUACAACUGUGAGCCACUGGAUUUCUCAGCAGACAAUGUAUCCCAGUAUGAUUUGGUGAUUGGUGGGGAGGCUGCAAUGUGGUCAGAAUUUGUAGAUGAAAGCAAUGUGGAAUCAAGAGUAUGGCCUCGUGCUUCAGCAGUGGCUGAAAGGUUGUGGUCACCAAUGAAUGUUACAGAUAUAGAUGAAGCAGCUACACGAAUUGAAGAACACUACUGUCGACUGCGAAGACGUGGUAUAAAUGCACAACCCCCAAAUGGACCAGGUUAUUGUGUUUAA